AUGGCCACUUGGGGAAGGAGGCGCGCUGGUGUGGGGAGAAGAGAUAGGGUGCCCUUUUCCACGUGCGAGUGGUACAUCGUGCAUGAGAUCUACAAUGGUGAAAAUGCCCAAGACCAGUUUGAGUACGAACUGGAGCAAGCACUCGAAGCUCAAUACAAAUAUAUAGUGAUCGAACCAACUCGCAUUGGAGAUGAAACUGCACGCUGGAUUACUGUGGGGAACUGCCUGCACAAGACAGCAGUACUUUCUGGUACAGUGUGCCUUCUCACUCCACUAAUUUUGCCUUCUGAGUAUUCACCCAUAUAUGUCUCUGCCAGCUGGUAUUCUCAGCUUGGCCUGCUCUACUCUUUAUGGAAUCUCCUGGCAGUUUGAUCCUUGCUGCAAAUAUCAGGUGGAGUAUGAUGCCUAUAAACUAUCAAGACUUCCACUACACACUCUUACCUCCUCUACACCGGUCGUGCUUGUAAGAAAGGAUGACGUCCAUAGAAAAAGACUACACAACACAAUAGCACUUGCUGCAUUGGCAUACUGUGUAAAGAAGCUGUACGAACUUUAUCUUGUAUGA